UGUAAACAUAAGCAGAAACAGAAACCCAAAAGGAGGGACAGUUAUGGGAGGCAGAGUAGCUGAUUUAUACUACUAUAUUUUCUCCUAUCAUACGCUAAACUAUUCAAUUAUAAACAUGCAGUAAUGUACUUUGAGAUCGUGUGUCUGCAAGUUUCCGCCCAUGAUAUUACAUGUGGUAGAUUUUCCAUUUCAAGUCAGGGGAAAGGGUAUUUUCCAGAACGGGUGAUCACAUGGGCGUGCAUGGCCUAACCACCUACGUGGAGGGGAACACACAGUUCUUCCAGGACGUAAAGUUGAGAGACAGCGUCUUGAUCAUCGAUGGCUGCAGUCUGUAUUUUCGCCUUUACUUUAACCAUAGCUUGGACCAGCAGCACGGGGGCGACUAUGAUGCCUUCUCCACUCUGCUUCACCAGUUUUUCUCAGCCUUAGCGGCUUGCAACAUCCAACCCUUUGUGGUGUUGGAUGGAGGUAUGGAUCCUAGUGACAAAAAAUUCUCUACACUGCGAGCGCGUCUGCAGUCCAAGAUCAAGGAGGCAGACUGUCUCUCCCACGGUCGCCACGGAUCCGUUCUCCCCUACUUGACUAGGGAUGUCUUCAUUCAGGUCCUCACCCAGAGGGGUGUUCCUUUGGUCCAGUGCCCGGCCGAAGCCGAUUGGGAGAUUGCCUGCUUGGCCCACCAAUGGAACUGCCCGGUUCUGACCAAUGACAGUGACUUUUUUAUUUUCGACCUGCCUGGUGGCUACCUGCCUUUUCGCUUCUUCAACUGGACCAACGUCAACGGUAGAUCUCCUCACCAGUGGAUCUCCACGCGCUGCUACACCACCCAGCUGCUGUGCCGCCGUUUCCGAGGCCUGAACCACCAGCUGCUGCCGCUGUGUGCCGUGCUGAGCGGGAACGACUACGGCACACCCAGAUGCGCCGAGACGCUCUUUGCCAUGCUGGAUCUGAGCGGGUUGGACGGCACGAAAGGUGGCAGGUGGCCGGGGAAGCCGUCUUCGACCCGCAUCGAAGGCCUCCUCUGCUGGCUCUCUUCUUUUCCAGGCCCGAGAGAGGCCCUGGGAGAGAUCAGCAGACUACUGGGGGAAUCGGGGAGACCUGGAGACGGAGGAGGGGGUAGGAAGCAGGAGACCACCAUGGGUCAAGCUAGCUCCCGGCUGUGGACAGCCAUGCAGGAGUACUGCAUUCAAACCGAGAGCUCCCUUGCCGCGUGGUUCUCUGGAGGAAAGAUCGCUCCAGGUGCCAUGGCGACUCUGACCGCUCCUCUGCCAGAGUGCCUGGGCUUGGCGGCGGCUGGUGGGCUCUUGUCCCCCUCGGUGUGGGAUGUGGUGGUGAUGCGCAGGGUCUUGCUCUAUCCACAGGUGGAGAAUAGCAAGCAAGCGAGCUGCCACGACUGCUCCCGAGCCAUACGCCAGGCCAUAUAUGGGCUGUUGCUUUGGAGGACGGCUCAGAAGGGAGCAGACACCUCGGACCUAGGAAGAGGCGGUCAGAUGGUUGUAGGCCCGGGAGGUAUUGCCCUAGCUCAGGAAAGUCCCGGCCAGAGUGAUGAGGUGGGACAGGGAGAGGUCGAGGAGAACGUGGUAGAGGUGGAGGUGGGUAGGGUUCAGGACCACGGUUCACAGGAACAGAAGAGUGUAGCUAAAGAUGGAGUGGACGGCGGGCAGGGCAGCAGUGGGGGAACGGCUCUGGCCGAGGGCUCUACUGCCCCCAUCUGUGUGGAGGAGUAUAACCGGCAGCAUCUUAACCUUAAGAGGAACCAGGUGGAGCUACUACCAUCUAGUCAGGCCUUGCCUCUUGAUUCCCUUGUCCAGGCUCCAUUGCCAGUUCGAAGAAAAUUCCUUCUGGAUAUCCUUGGGGUCAAUGAUUCUGCCUUGGCCUCUGUUUCACCAAAUCUCUGGCUGGCAGUGGGAGCGACCAUGUUCUGGUUUCGAGAGGCCAGUCCGUCUCCCUCGCUGCCCCAGCUUCAAGCUCUGAUUCUGGGCAUGGUCCACGGAGAAGUGGCCUGCAACAACCAAUCUGGAGCCACUGCCAACCAUUUUUCGAUCCCUCAGUUGAACUGGGCAUCAGAGCGAGGCGUCUGGGGCCGUCUGGACAGGCUGCGCGUGAGGCCAGGGGAGAGGCGGGGCUUAGAUAUCGGAGCAGCUCAUGGUUACUGCCAAUGGCAGGCUUGUCUCUGGAGCGCGUCAUGCCUCAAUCACCUGUUGUUGCAGCCCCUUCCCCAGGCCCAUAUGACUUGGUUGUUCAGCGGUUCGCUGGUGCACGGCCUGCUCAAGAAUCUGAGCGCAGGCCGAUCUACUGAAUCCCUACUGGGUGGAGGUCCCCUCUCCGGGAAGCUCUACUGCACUCUGCUGGACGCAGUGAGGAACUGCAGCUCUAUAACGCCGGAAUCGUCAGGUGGAGGGGCGAAGAGAAACCGGAGGCGACGUGGAGGAAGAGGCAGGGGCGGAGGAGGCGAAGGGGAGACAGACUUAAGCAACAGGUUUGCUUUCUUGAUGACCGAUGAAGAUUUUGAAUAGGUGUUCUGGAAUAGGUGGGUCGGCCUGUCCCUGAGCAAGACACAAGAGAGAAUUUUGUACCACAAGCCCGAGCUGAACAUGUUUUUAAGAGGCAGAACAUUCCAAUGUUUUUAUAAUGCUAUGCUAAGGAUUUUCCGUAACAGUACGUCCUGCUUUUCAUCUUUAAAAGGUGCUGCGCUAUAGCAGUUUGGUCUGCUAUUUGCUUUCAGGCAGCAUUCAUUUCAAAGUCAUGGUGAAGUCACGAUCUUCAUAACAACACGUUCUUUCUGAAUCUGUACCUUAUCAUGGCAUAUGUCUCAGAAGACAUAACAAUAAAAUUAUAAAAUGAUAUACAUAGAUAUACUUGGAAAAGGGAUGAUCAAUUGCAUUUACUCAAGUUUCAUCGCAGCUAUUGUAAUUGUGCUACCGAGCACCUUAUGAGAAGUAAUUUUAGCUUUGACAGACUUAAGGUAAAGUGGUGCUUUUUUUAACCCAAACAAAAACAAUCAUGAAUACAUUUUAACGUGAUAUCUUUGCAUGUUGUUUUGUGUCUGCCUUAGACAUUUCUUCAACAAAAACACUUUCAUUGUUUGUAUCUUUAAUGUUUUUAAUUAAAAAAAUCUAUUGUGCAGCAAUCUGUUAAACAGGUCUCCAUCACACCAUCCCUCCCUCCAGUUUUGGUUAGGAGGGUGUAGGAAUGCACUUUGAAUACACUGCCAAAUAACCAAAAAAAAACGUAAAACCAUGAAAAUAUAGUAUUAUAGAAUCCUGACGACGAUUAUAUGUAUAGACUACAACCAAAAAGCAGCAAACAGCACAUUCACAGCUGAGUUUACAUGACUUAUAAAAAGACAAAAUGCUUCAAUCUCAAUACCAAUAAAGUUAUAAGCAAAAAGGAAAAUGUAAUGCCUAAUUCAGUUUCAGUCCAAAAAUAAAAAUCUACUUAAAAUAACGAUUUACAAGUUUCCAAAGUACUUCCCUCAUGUGAGUUAAAACAAGGAUCAUAAAGGAGAAGC